AUGUGCGCCUUGAUUCUUGCUCGACGUUCCAAAAAAUGUGAAUCAGUUUUUGUGGCUUUGGCUCUCUCUUUAGACCUCACAAACGCUAUGUUGUCUCAUUCGAUAAACUUCUCCUAUCUCACAUCUUCUCUAAGCCCUUCAAUGGCCAUUGCAGCAACCUCCACCAUCUCCCUUCUCUUCUUUGUUCUUAAUCUAUGCCUCCAAGCAACUUUUGGUGACUAUGGAGGUGGAUGGCAAGGUGGUCAUGCCACAUUCUAUGGCGGGGGAGAUGCAUCAGGCACAAUGGGUAAGUUCAAAGUGUUUUUUCAGAGUUUGAACAACUGUCUUGUCUUUUCAUUUUGGCACAUAAAUUUUGUUGUAUUGUGGUGGUGCCCAUACAUAACCUUGGGAGGGGCUUGUGGUUAUGGCAACUUGUACAGCCAAGGGUAUGGUACUAACACAGCAGCACUCAGCACUGCUCUAUUCAACAAUGGCUUGAGUUGCGGGUCUUGCUAUGAGAUGAGAUGUGACGCUGACCCCAAAUGGUGCCUCCCCGGUAGCAUAAUCGUCACUGCCACAAACUUCUGCCCCCCUAACUUUGCAUUGGCUAAUAACAAUGGUGGCUGGUGCAACCCUCCUUUGCAACACUUUGAUCUUGCCGAGCCUGCUUUCUUACAAAUUGCUCAAUACAAAGCUGGAAUUGUUCCUGUUUCCUUCAGAAGAGUCUCCUGUGUGAAGAAAGGAGGGAUCAGGUUCACCAUCAAUGGACACUCAUACUUCAACUUGGUUCUGGUCACAAAUGUCGGUGGAGCUGGAGAUGUUCACUCUGUGUCCAUCAAGGGGUCUAGGACUGGUUGGCAAACCAUGUCUAGAAACUGGGGCCAGAAUUGGCAAAGCAACUCUUACCUGAAUGGCCAAAGCCUCUCUUUUCAGGUUACUACAAGUGAUGGUAGAACUGUCACCAACAACGACAUUGUGCCUGCUAACUGGCAAUUUGGUCAAACAUUUGAAGGGGCACAGUUCUAG